AUGAAUGAAGAUCUGAAGGUUAAUUUGAGCUGGCUGCCUCAGGAUCAUGUAGAAGCCAGCUCUACAGAGAAUGCCUCAGCUGCAGGCUCCUCCCUGGUUCCUGCCGUAGACCCUGAGCCAGAGCUUUUGGUAAACCCCUGGGACAUUGUCUUGUGUACUUCAGGGACCCUUAUCUCCUGCGAAAAUGCCAUUGUGGUUCUGAUCAUUUUCCAUAAUCCCAGUCUUCGCGCCCCCAUGUUCCUCCUGAUAGGCAGCCUGGCGCUGGCAGAUCUCUUAGCAGGCAUUGGAUUGAUCAUCAAUUUUGUUUUUGCCUACCUUCUGCAGUCAGAAGCUACGAAACUGGUUACGAUUGGACUGAUUGUUGCCUCUUUCUCAGCAUCUGUUGGCAGCUUGCUGGCUAUCACUGUCGAUCGUUACCUCUCCCUGUAUUAUGCUCUGACUUACAAUUCAGAGAGGACUGUCACUUUUACCUAUGUCAUGCUUAUAUUGCUCUGGGGAGCAUCUAUCUGUAUUGGACUGCUGCCUGUAAUGGGCUGGAACUGCCUCAGAGAUGAAUCCACCUGCAGUGUUAUCAGACCACUCACUAAAAAUAAUGCAGCUGUCCUUUCGGUCUCUUUCUUGCUUAUGUUUGCCCUCAUGCUGCAGCUCUACAUUCAGAUCUGUAAAAUCGUGAUGCGCCAUGCCCAUCAGAUUGCUUUGCAACACCAUUUCCUGGCCACUUCCCACUAUGUGACCACCCGAAAAGGAGUGUCUACUUUGGCCAUUAUUUUGGGGACCUUUGCUGCUUGCUGGAUGCCUUUUACGCUCUAUUCUUUAAUAGCAGAUUACACCUAUCCUUCUAUAUACACCUAUGCCACCCUCCUGCCAGCUACCUACAAUUCCAUCAUCAAUCCUGUAAUAUAUGCUUUUAGAAACCAGGAGAUACAGAAAGCACUUUGGCUCGUCUGUUGUGGCUGUAUUCCUUCUAACCUGUCUCAGAGGGCAAGAUCACCCAGUGAUGUCUGAUUGGCAGCCACGAGGACGCUCCUUAACAUGUUACUUUCCAGACACUCUGUCUUUGGUUUAGAUGCAUUCAUUAAAUGGUGUGUGAUGAGUUCACAUAAAAGCCACAGGAUGGACUGACCUUUUUGUAAACA